AUUGUUAGCUUUGCGUACUUCUGUACGCGGUUAGUUUGAUUUUGGCGUGGAGAUGGGUAGGGUUAUUCGAAGCCAGCGUAAGGGUGCCGGAGGUGUUUUCAAAGCGCAUACCAAACAUCGUAAAGGAGCUGCUAGGUUGCGUCCAAACGAUUUCGCUGAACGACAUGGUUAUAUUCGCGGUGUCGUUAAAGAAAUAAUUCAUGAUCCGGGUCGUGGCGCUCCGUUAGCCAAAGUGUCCUUCAGAGAUGUAUAUUCAUACAAGUUGAUCAAGCAAACAUUUAUCGCGGCGGAAGGCUUGCAUACUGGACAGUUCGUGUACUGUGGUAAAAAAGCCAAACUUCAGAUUGGCAACAUCCUCCCAAUAGGUGCAAUGCCUGAAGGAACCGUAGUUUGCAAUCUGGAGGAGAAGUGUGGUGAUCGUGGGAGGUUAGCUCGUGCAAGCGGGAAUUAUGCCACUGUUGUCGCUCACAAUCCCGACACUAAACGAACUCGUGUCAAACUACCAUCAGGUGCAAAAAAAGUUUUGCCAUCGACUUGCCGUGCCAUGGUAGGUCUUGUUGCCGGCGGUGGUCGGGUAGACAAGCCCAUUUUAAAAGCAGGUCGAGCCUAUCAUAAGUAUAAAGCUAAAAGGCAUUGUUGGCCCACAGUCAGAGGUGUUGCCAUGAACGUAAGUUUCUUUAGUAAUAUUGCAACCUUGAUAAUUGUGUUUAUGCUCGAAACAUCCUCAGGUUUUGCUCCUGGAUUUUUUGACGCUACAUUGACGUCAGAUUUCAAGUCCGGGCAAUUAAGAUUGACAUGCUUAAAGUACAGUCGCCAUAAAUGUCAAUUCUCGCUUGGUUAGCUUUUUCCACAACUUUGUUUAACAGUAGAAACUGAGCGUCUAUAUUAUGCCUCUAAUUAGUGUUGGUGCAUGCCGAUGAAUUAUUCUGUUUGAUAAACUUCAAGUGAACAAACUCGGACACUAGUCAACAAUCUUGAUAUCUACGUACAAUUAUCCCACUUUAGUGUUUCUAUUUAUUUGAAUUUCUGACCCCAAAUCUUUCUUACCAUCACUGAUACUGUCACCACCUCUAAUAGUUUGAGGUUUGGCCUAACAUUUUCAUGUUAAUUGGGUGUAACAACCUUAACUCUAGUGCAAACUUAUUAAGUUCUACGUGAGUGACUGAGCUAUCCUACGUAAAUUAAGAAUACAAUCCAUAACAUUUCAUCAUCUAAGGAGCAGUUUUCUGUAAUCGCAUUAAAAACAUUAGUAAAUCUCAAGAUUUGUUUGCGAAAAGCUUGCAAGAUCUAAGUAACGACAUAAGUCCCCAUUAACUUCGAGUAACUGAGUUCCGAAGUUUUAGGUAACCUAUUGUAAGUAAUCUUGUUUAAAGUCUCAACGAACGCAGAACCUUUAAUAUGGUCAUGAACAGUUAAUAACUGCUAAUACAUCGUUGUCAAUCACGUUACUUCAUAAAAUAUCUCACUCAUUUUACUGCAGACGUUUUCAUUUGGUUUUUUAUAAAAAGCAUGAUCUAAGAUUUUGCCGUCAACACAAUGUGAAGAUAUGGCAGCGGCAAGUAGCCAGCAUACUAGUUGUGUACAAAGAUUUGAAGUGUAACAAGUAGGGGUUAAAAUAUUACUAAAAUAUCCCAAUUAGCUCAGCCUUCAUUUUCGAAAUACUCGAUAUCUAGCUGACUGAUACGUAAAUAGUACUAACGUACUGUCAUGCUCUACUUGUCAUAUGCGAAUCUAACGUGUUAGAAUGCAAUGAUCUAUUAUUUUUACAACUAUUGGAAAGCUGUUUUUAAGUGACACGCAAUCAUCAGUCGACUCGGUUAGGUGAACAAGGUGUUAAAUACAUUGGCAAUUUGAUCAUACUUAAUUUUACUAUGAAUCUUUUAUGUAUACUUCUACGUGUUUAACAUUUUCAUAAUCUCAGUUUGUUAUACAAGUAUGUCAAAUAUCUGCACUUUCUUAUUGUUGACAGCCUGUCGAGCAUCCUCACGGUGGUGGUAAUCAUCAACAUAUAGGUAAACCAUCUACGAUUCGCCGUGAUGCAUCACAUGGUCGCAAGGUUGGUCUAAUAGCUGCUAGACGAACUGGACGUAUUCGUGGUACCCGCACAAUUACUUCAAAAUCCGACAAGGAAUAAAAUAAAAUAAUCAUGUGGUAUGAAAGGCUUUUCAGCUUCGCCUAAUGGGUUUAUUCAUUAACUGUUCACUAAAUUGCGUAGCACGAGUUCGUCGGAAUCCUAACCAUAUAUUAAUGUACAUAGUUAAAUGAAAGUUUGUUGGGGAUAAUGGUGUUUUAAGCAUAAUCCCAAGAGUUGCUUUUUCAACACCAGAACAAAGCAGUGAUUGCUUAAAAUUUAUUGAGCGCGAAGUACGCGAUGAUGACAAAGCGUUAAAAGAAAAAGUUUUUUCUCUUAGAUGGAUGUCCACUUUUUCCUAUGGAAUGCAUCUGUUCGGUUUCACGGAGUAAUGAAAAAUUGGUCCUUGUGUAACAUUCUACCUACCCUUGAAUAGAUGUGUCUCAAAUGGUCAUUUUUGGACCCGUGCCAAUCACAUGUCAUACGAUACAAAAAUAAUGCUAUGAUAAACAUUUUAGCUACGGCUUUAGAUCAAGGUGAUCGUACAUAGUUUCCGAUCUUGCUAAUCAUUAGAUAUACUUGAAAGUGUUGUAUUAAUAUGGUACGUCACUAGUUAGAAAUUAAAGACGGUAAAACUCGAUCUAAAAUCAAGUGUGUCAAAUUACAACUCUCCACAAAAUGGGACGUCUAAGUCACAUUCCUCGCUAUAGGAAUUCUUUUCUCCUUAAAAUACUUCCGAUAGGAUCCUAGUAAAUUUGUUACUUGAACUUCAGAUGUUUACGGUCGUCUAUCUGCAGCAUGUGAUCACGUCGAAUCAUUGAACGUCCACACAGUUGUCGUCAAAUCCUACAGGAAACAGAAGCUUGUUCAAACAUCCCAGUGUAAUUUCGGACUGUUUUGAUUUUGAAAACGGAUAGCUAUUGUACUGGCGAUUCCAUCUAUUCGUGGAUAACACGCGGUUGUGAAUCUCAGGAAUGUUCGCUCUUGCUUUAGCCUAAGUGUGUGACUCAUCGGUUAGCUCUGUGGUCGCCUCCAAUCUACCAGUAGUAAUGCUAUUUAAAUAAAAUAAGCACUCUGUGAAGCACACGACUGAUGAGGUUAUAUACAGCACUCGAUAGUAGAGCAUCUCUAUGUUGAAUCGCUUCGUGGUCCCAAUGGGAAAUGUAUUUUUCGCAACAGACAUCAAACCACUAGGACAUUGGUCCAAAACUAGCGUCACUAAGUGUUGGUGUCAGUCAUGUAUCAAUAUUUCUGACAAUGCAUGUGAGUUACAUCCCCAUACAGCAUCGUGCAAAUGGUUCCUUUGCUGGAAUACAGGUUGGGCAAUUAUUGUCAGAGUACACCAUGUUCAAACAGUACAUUUGAUCUUAGUAAGUGAUGAGUUAUCGUUUUGUUUAGUCACCCCUUUUUAUCAGCAACUUAUUAAGUACAUUUGUAAUGUAAAUAUAAAUCUUUGGUCUUAAUAUCGAACAAAUGUAAUCACAGUGAUUAAGUCACAUGUCCUUUAUUUGGCUCCAACUACCAACCACGUAUUUUCACUAUCUACCCUACGUUGGCACAUACUUGAACUACAAUCGGUUUUCGACGAAGUGUGGAAUGUCUUAAAGCAACUUCAUUUAUUUAAAAAUUCCCUACCUCGCUUGUAACCACCUAUUUAUGUAAGAUGUCAUUGUAGUGAAGACUAAGAGUACAUUAAACUAUUUUAGAUU